AUGACAUACGCAUCAGCCCUAACAACCGCGAUUCAUAACCCGCGGUUACGCCUUCUCGAUGCUCUUCGAGCGAACUCAAAGCCUAUUAUGACCUUUCUGGGACUUCCAUCCUUUCGCACAGCCCAAAUUGUAGCUCAGACCGGCGUUGAUGGCAUCAUCAUCGACUGUGAGCAUGGCCAUAUAAGCGACGACUCCAUGCACAGCUCGACUGCCGCUAUCGCUGCUUUGGGGGUAUCGCCGCUCGUUCGUCUCAGGAUGACUCACGCGGAUUUGAUCAAAAGAGCGUUGGAUGCUGGUGCACACGGCAUCGUUGUCCCACAAAUCAAUACAGCCGAAGAAGCCAGGGCCAUUGUCUCUCAUGCAAAAUUCCCUCCCCAGGGACUUCGAGGGCAAGGCUCCGCGUUUCCAGCCAUCGCUCACGACAUCGAUAUUCCGACAUACAUGAAAACGGCGAACGAGACACUCAUCACCUGUGUUCAAAUUGAAUCGAGAGCCGGGGUCGAGAACGUUGACGCCAUCUGUGCUGUCCCUGGUGUUGAUAUGGUCUUUAUCGGACCAAACGACCUUGCCCUAUCACUCCUUGGCUAUGUUCCUGCAAAAGGCACCGAGCCGGAGUUUGUCGACGCUAUCGACAAGAUCGUGGCGGCAGCUAGAAAGCAUGGCAAAUGGGUCAGCCGAUUAUCAAACAACGGGGGUUUGUGCAAGGAACAUCUGAAAGUGUUCGAUACCGUGGCAAUGAGUUAUGAUGUUCGGGCUAUUCAGAACUGGUAUACAGCUGAGUUGCAAGUUGCGCGCUCGUGA